AUGUCUUCGCUGUGCUCUCGCCUGAGCCCAGCGAUGCUCUCUGGCCAGGUCAAUGAUUACUUUGGCGAUACCCAUCACCUUCUUGGCGGUUCCCCUACACCCAAUGAGCCCUUUCUGAGGACGGGCUUGACACCGGGCGGCAGCGGUUCUAUGUUCCCUGCCCCCAGCCCGAAUUCUCGACUUUUUGCUUAUCUCGCCAGCGGCGGAGCUACACCCAGCACUCUCGACUUCCACCGAACUGCUAUAAGCGCUGCGGCCAAACUUGAUCAGAACGGUGCUUCUCCGCGACCACAAGGACAACAACCACCACCCCCGCAUGAGCAACAGCAACCAUCUGUAACCUCUCAACCCCAAGAAAUGCCCAACGGUGCGACAACCGUCAAACCCGAGGCGAAGCCCACAUCGGGCCCUUUUGACCCCCGCGAUAACGACGCUGCGAAUGGUCUAUUCAUGUUGGCCCAAGAUAGGAACGGUGCCCAGAGUACGAACCAAUUCGCCGUCACUUCAGGCGCCCCCGGCCACGUUGACCCUGCUCCCGUCGCUCCACAGAAUAUGAACACUUCGCCGCAGGUGUCGAGUGUUAAUGGGGGCUCCAUUGGCUCUGCUCGCAGCAUGAGUGAGAGUAAUAUUGCUUCGGAUGAGAGCGAACAGGCCAGGCCCAAUACGCGAGGCAAGGGCAAGAGGAACCCCCCUCCCACCUACGGCCGACGAAAAGCGGAUGAGCCCCUAGCUAAUGCUCCCGCUAAUAAGAAAUCCAAGAUCAAUACCGCUGCUAUUAAUGGUGACAUGGAUUUCUCUGAUGACAAGUCCAAGAUGAAACCGGAGGAGGGCAGAUCCAAGUCAGAGAUGACGGACGAGGAGAAGCGAAAGAACUUCCUCGAGCGCAAUCGCGUCGCUGCCCUCAAGUGUCGUCAGAGGAAGAAACGAUGGCUAACCAACCUGCAGACCAAGGUUGAGAUGUUCAAUACGGAGAACGAUGCCUUGACGGUGCAAGUCACCCAGCUCAGAGAAGAGGCGGUCAACCUAAAGACGCUUCUUUUUGCCCACAAGGACUGUCCAGUUACUCAGCAACAAGGACUCCACGGUGCCUUCAUGUCGCAGGUCGUUGAACCCUUCAAUCCGCAGAUGAACCCCUAUGGUAUGGCUGCACCGAUGCCAAACCAGGUUAUGGCUGGCCAGGGUGUGCAGCGGCGUUUCUCAUAG